GAUUACUUGAAAUCUGUUGUCCCUUCUCAGCUUGUAUCUGAACGAGGAUCAAACCUCGUUAUCAUCAACCCAGGGUCUGCAAAUGUAAGAAUAGGACUAGCUAAGCAAGAGACACCCUUCAAUGUCCCUCAUUGCAUUGCCAGGCACAACACACAAACCGGGAAACUAAACGUUCUUGAUCAGAUGAUUAACACUCAGGUCAACACCAGUCAACACGUUGAACGUGAUAGAGCUUACAAUACUACGGCGUCGCUGUUGAAGAUACCAUACCUAGACGAAAGUUCUUCUUUUGGCUCUGCAUCACGCAAGAUGGGGAGGAUUGAUGGAUAUAACCAACCGAGUACUACGACUACGAAGAAAGAUACAGUCUUUACUUGGACUAAUGUGUAUGAGGAUGAUCAUAGUUCUCCUUCCACAUUAGAAACUUCUUCCCAUAAUGUUACUGACUCCAAGGAACCUGGUGAGAAUAAGCGCAAGUAUAGGAAGAUGAUUUUUGGUGACGAAGCUCUGACAAUAUCUCCAAAAGAGCCAUAUAGCAUACACCGUCCUAUUCGGAGAGGUCACUUCAAUGUUUCGCCAAGUUAUUCAGCGCAACAGGUUUCUGAGGACAUAAUCGCUAUAUGGGACUGGGUUUUACUAGAAAAACUUCAAAUAGUUCACAGUGAGAGGAACAAGUACUCUGCUGUUCUUGUUGUCCCGGGAACAUUUGACAGCCGCGAGAUAAAGGAAAUGCUAACUAUUGUGUUGCGAGACCUACGCUUUAGCUCAGCAGUGGUCCACCAAGAAGGCUUAUCGGCCAUUUUUGGGAAUGGUUUGUCAACAGCUUGUAUUGUUAACAUGGGAGCACAGACAAGUACAGUCGUUUGCAUCGAGGACGGAGUCUCAUUGCCAAAUACUGAAAAGAUUUUACCUUUUGGAGGAGAUGAUAUAUGUAGAUGCCUUCUAUGGAUUCAGAGACAUUACCAAAGUUGGCCACAAAUCCGCACAGACGUUUUGGCAAAGCCAAUCGAUAUGCUGAUGCUUAAUCAGUUUAAGGAGUCGUAUUGUGAAAUUAAAGAAGGAGAGCUUGAAAGAGCUGCAACGGUUUAUUCUUACGAGGACGGUUUACCACCUGUGCCUCACAAGACAAAUCUCACUUCACUUAACGUUCCACCGAUGGGUUUGUUUUAUCCUAACCUACUUGUUCCUGAAGUGUUUCCUCAGCCACCACGUACAUGGUUCCAAGACCAUGAGAAUAUGUUGGAGGAAACAUGGAACAUGGACUUUGCAGGUGGUGGUGGUAAUGUGGGGUUACCAGUGUGGGAAAGUUUUCAAGUUUCCCCUUUGAAACCAAAUAAAGAAGAGAAGAUUGGUCUCGCUGAAGCCAUUACAAGCAGCAUUCUCUCUGCUGGACGCAUAGACCUUCAAAGAAAGCUUUUCUCCAGCAUACAAUUGAUCGGUGGUGUUGGUUUGACUAGAGGUCUUGUCUCAGUCGUAGAAGAAAGAGUUCUUCACGCGAUACCACCAACAGAAGCCAUUGACACAGUGGAGGUUCUUCAAUCAAGAAUGGACCCAACAUUCGUAUCUUGGAAAGGAGGAGCGAUAUUGGGAAUAUUGGAUUUUGGAAGGGAAGCAUGGUUACACAGAAACGAGUGGAUGGAGAAUGGGAUUCGCGUAGGGAGUGGGAAGAAGUACAGAGACUCUUAUUACAUUCAAGCACAAGCAAUGUGUUUCAUCAACUCCUAG